AUAGUCUUCGUGGUGCGCUUCUUCGUGACAUGUUGCUGCACAGGAAGAGUGAACUUCAGCGCAGCACGAUGGAUAAAAGCCGGGAGAUCGUGAUGGUUGUGAUGCUCAUUCUGGCGAUUAUCAUGAGCACGCUGCCAGGUAUUCUCAAAGGAGCCAAGUUUGACGCUUUGGGAUUGGUGCUGAUUCAGGUGACCCUAGCCCGCCUCUGCAAUCCUGUCGGCCUUUCAGGCGCAACGUACGCUUCUCGCAAAGCCGCUCGUCGUUUGCAUGAGGGUGAGUAUCAGAUUCGAACUAUGAUCCCUGCAGAGUUGAUGGAUGCCGGUCAAAUUCGAGUGAUGUGUUUCGAUAAAACCGGUACCCUCACUGAAGAGAGUUUGAAAUUUCAUAAAUUUUCAGUUGCUGGUGGUGGAGGUGGAGCUUCUGGACGAGCUUGUGGAAGAAAUGCUGGACAACACGUAAAGUUUCUUCUUCACCAGAGUCUUUCUGGUGAAGACGAUGAUCAUGAUGAGCUACAAUCCGAUGCUGAGAGUUCCGGUCAUGCUGAGAGUGUUUGCCCUAUUGAGGAGAUAUAUGGGCGUGAAAAUUUCGGCAGUUGUCGAAAUCAUGGUCAGGAUCAGGUUAAUAACUCAUCUGGAGCUGGAGGUGUUUUACAAGUGAAGAAUCUCUCUCAACACUCCCAGACGAGGAGCAACUACAAGCUUCAGGAACAAAAUCGUCCUCGUGAUGAUAAGCAAGUCGUCUCGCUACUGCAGCAGCUUGAAAGCCUUCAACAAGAAGAAAGUGGACGACUCAUGUUGAAUGCAGAUUGUUCCAGAAAGAACAAAGGCAACAAGGGUUCUCCUGCUCAUCGCAGUGAGGAGAAAAAUGACAUGGAUUAUUUCUUGCUGCAAUUAGCUGCUUGCGUGUGUAAUACGGCUACGGUUGUGGAGGAGACCGCGACUAGCUGUAUUAAAAACCAAAACGGCACUUCUCUAGUAGACCUUGAUGAUGUAGUACCUGCAACGUCGACGUCAAAGAAACCCGUAUUCCUGGGCAACGCAGUCGACUGCGAAUUACUUCGGAUUGCUUUUGAGAAAUUGGGUGUAGUUUCUGUAGUUGUGAACGAGCACGACGACAAGAAAACAAGUGCUGCGAGGACGAACGGUGUGAUCAAGACUUGUGAUGCCACGACGGGACGAGUUCUCGCAAAAACUUUGCACCAAUGGGAAUUCGAUCAGGAUUUGCAAUUACAAUCUGUUUUGGUAGAAGUUUGUCUGGACAACAGUGGUGAUUGUGCCGGUGGUGGAAAAAAGUCAAAGUCUAUCAGACGUUCAGGAAUUUAUCCACGCACGAGAAACCUUAC